AGUUCAGGCGCAAAAACCGACAAACGCCAUUUUGGUCGAAAAUAAACCAUGGCGACCAUUACAUAGUACUGGUGCCGUAUUUACUGACAGCAUAUCUGUUUCUUUGCAAAAGCCGACACCUACUUCAUAAAACCCACAACAAUUCCAUGAUUCGUUUCAGAAACCGACAAGUGACGGGUAUCAUUUUUCGCAAAUACCGACAACUCCAUUUAUCCAAUCUAUACGCCGUAAUUAGUCACGUGAUUCAACAUGGCAGCGCCCAGGAUCCCUCUCAUUACUCACUAAAGUUUCUACGUAUUUUAUCGAAAAUGUCCUUUAAUAAUGGAGAACUUUGAUGACAUUGACGAGACAGUGGUAUUAUCACCAAUUGGGCGUAAACGGGAGAACAAUUCAGGCAAUUCUGGACGCUCCCUUGCAAAAAAACGCGCGACAUAGUGGUGCUGAAAAACCUGCUAGCAUUUCGUGUGUACAUAAUGUACGUAAUGUGUGCUUGGCGACUUCCCUGUCCAAUGAUGAUUUAACCUACGCACAUGAUCGGUUAUAUUCUACUGAAAACAAGGUUACUCAGGAUGCCACCCUGCUUUCUUACAUGGAUAUCGGUAAAUGUGUGCGGAGGCGACCAAGGAUAGACGAUUCUUCUAAAAUUAAGAGGAAUAGAGAAAUUUCAGUGAAGUACUUCACUUUGACUGCAAACAAAGAGAAGAUACCAGUGUGCAAGGCCUCAUUCAUGAGCAUUUUCGGUGUCAAGAAAGAUCGGUUAGCGAAUAUUGCCAAAUAUUGGUCAGAGAAUGGAGUUGCGAGACCAGAACAUCGUGGAGGUGUGCGAAAUGUGGAGAGGAACCUUGCCAGAAAGCAUGCCAUUCGUGACCACAUCACAACGUUCACUUGUCGAGCUAGCCAUUAUGCUCGGCGUGGCGCCCCUGGCCGGAAAUACUUACCAGCCGACCUGAACGUCAAAAAGAUGCACCAAAUGUUUCAGGAUCAGAAUAAUUUACAGAUAUCGUAUUCACUAUACUACAGUACAGCUGCAGCAGCGCAUUGCAAGUCCCAGAGGUCCUUCAAGAUCAGCGACGCCAAGGUCCUACGCAUCAAUUCGGAUCAAGUUGGUUUCAAGCAAGUCUAUGGUGGUGACUUUUGUGAACACGUUAUUCUCAAGAAGGGUAGAAAAUGGGAGAACUUCAAGCCAGCCAUCACUCCCAUGGUCAACUGUGUGAAGCCUGCCAAGAAGUUGAUGUCCUCAAACUUAUUGAUGAGAUUGGUGCAGCUGACACUGUCCGGAUCUUUUAUGAGAAUAUCUUCGCCGAUGUCGGCCAGCGUGACAUUGGCAGACAGGACCUCGAGGAAAGCAGUGAUGAGGACUGAACUGUCAUUGGUUGGUUUCAAGCCAGUGCUACAUUAUAUCCUACUUGAACUUUGUGUGGCGAUACUAGUCACAAACUGUAUAAACCUUAAGAACCUUGACUCUCUUUCAUGGCGGUGA